AUGGAGAACAACCGCCUGAUCUUCGAUCGCAAUACCCAACGGUGUGCGACCGCCGGCCCGCCACCUGGACAGGACCCGGCCGACCCGGAGUACCCGACGCCGCAGAACACCAGAGCCGAAACACCCAAACCCACAAAAGCCGAAACGCCCAAGCCUACAAAGGCUGAGACACCCAAGCCUGCCAAACCCACAAAAGCCAAGCCAAGCCCAACAAGCGUCAGGGCAGUGAGCGCCCGAGCGCCGAGCCCACAGCCGAUACAGCAAAGGCGGGCAGGCGCAAGCGCUCCAGCACGCCACGAUACCACCGUGGAGGACGAGCCGGCGACGGUGCCAAGCGAGCCGCUGGAGGAGAGCAAAGUGGAGGAGAAGCCGAAGGGCAAGGUGCGCCGCAAAACGCCCGGGCCGAAGGAGAAGAAGAAGCGGGCCAAGACGCCCAAAGCCAAGACGCCGGAGCCACCACCGCCCGCCAGCCCCGCGGCUCGCAGCGACUCGGAGGACGACGAUGUGCCGCUGGCGCAGAAAUCAGAUCCGGCCAGGGCGGCCAAUGGCACGCCUGCGGUAGCCAGCGCCGAGCUGCCAGUGUCAGCGGCUGUGACGACGGCAGCGCCGGUUGUGACGACGGUGUCGGCGGUCGCAUCACCGGUGGCAGCCUCAGCUACUGCUUCUCCUGCUACGCCAGCACUAGCGCAUCCGUCUGGGCUGCCAGUGCCACCGGCGAUCAUGGCACAGUUGAACAAUUACGUGGCCGGGAUCCUGCAGCAGCAGAACGGCGGGCGUCCGCUGGCGUCAGCUGGGCAGUCGGUGAUCACACCCAAGUUCCUGAAGGAUAACCCGCAGAUCUUCGCGCAGCUGCAGCAGAAGGCGCGGCAGCUUAUGGGCGCCCAGCAACCGCAACCCAACCGCAACCCAACAGCAGCCUGUCGCAGCCCAGCGACAGCAGCGACCGCAACAGCAGCAGCACAACAGCAACAACAGCAGCAGCAACAACAACAGCAGCAGCAGCAGCAGCAGCAACAACCCUCCAACAGUGCUUCCGUCCAUGCGUCGCCGGUUCCUGCUAGCACACCAGCCAACCCACCAGCUAUGCCCAAUGGCUCAGACGCCGCAGCCCCGGCCAUGUCGCAGCAGAUGCUACUGGAGCUGUUUGCACGCCAACGCCAGGCGCAGCUAGGCGGCAUGGCAUCGCAGCCGCCCGCAG